AUGAAUAAAAUAAAUAAGUUGAGGAAAGGAAAUAAUAUUAUAUUUUUAAAUAGUAAAAGAUGUUUUUAUAACUUUGAUGGUAUCUACAGUAAGUUAGAAAAAUGUGUAAUGAUAAAAUACCCACAUAAAAAACAACAGCCCUUUGAAGGCAAUACAUUAUAUAAUAAAUAUAUAACUACUAACACUAACACAAAUAAUAAGAAUGGAAAUAAUAAAAGUAGUAAUAAGAAAUUAUAUUUGUGUUCUUUAUUAAGUAUUGGUUUAGUUGGAUAUAUAUAUUUUAACUGGUACGAAAAAAAAAAAAAGGUAACAGGUUUUUUAAAAGAAAUGAAAGAAAUAUCAGAUGAACUUUUUGAUAACUUAGAUAAUAUUGUAUUAUUUGUGUUAGAUAAAAAUAAAUUAAAUGAAGAAAAAAAAAAAAUUGAACAUAUUAAAAAUGAAAUUCAAAAACUUAAUAUUAAAAAUUUAAAUUAUCUAUAUACAUAUAAUGAACAUACUAAAGAUUAUUCAUGUUUUCUAUAUAAAGGAAGGAGAAGAAGAAAUAUAACUGAAGAUGAAUUAGUAAACGAACCUAUUAAAGAUAUUGUCCAGCCUUUUUUUACACCUGUUAGUGAAAAUUAUGAACAAAUAAAUCAAGGAAAUAAUACUGAUAAAUAUCCUAUAUAUGUAACACAUGAUACAUUUGAAAAGGAGAUUAUUGAAGAUUCAAAAAAUAAUAAAAUAUUGGUCGUGUUAUUUGAAGACACUUGUUUUUUGUGCUUUUUAUAUAAACCAUUUAUAAAUACUUUACACAAGUUAUUUAAGGAGAAUAAUAUCAAGUUAAAAAUAAAAAAAUAUAACAUAGAGAAAAACGAUUAUGCACCAAAUAUGAUUGUUUCUAGAGGAACACCAACCUUUUUAUUAUAUCACAAUGGAAAAGGAAAUAAGUUAGCGGAAUACAAACCCAACGACAUUAUUAACAAAAUAGAUGAGAUUAUUGAAUCUCCAAAAAAUAUGAAGGAGCAAAUGUUGGAGAAGGUAGAAUUGAUACAUGAGAGGAUGCACCUAUUUGGUUAUUUAACAAUGUGGAUGACUGAAUCAAAAAUGAUUGAAAAUAUGCUUAUAAAAAGACACAUUAAGGAUUUAUCACCAAAGAAAUCCGAUGAUGAAAAUAUUUAUAAUGAUAUAUUAACAUCUCUUAUUGAGGACGACAUACAUAGAAACGAUUUAAUUGAAGAGAGCUUGGAUUAUAGUAAAGAAAAAAUCAAAGAAGCCGAAAAGGGUUGUUUUGUAGCAGCAAUGAUGAUGGCUAACGAAUUGAUAGACGAAGAAAAAAAAAAAGUUUAG